AUGAUUUCUACAAGAAACUUGGACAACUUCGAUCAAGACCUCCAUCAAAGCCGUUCAAUGACCAUCACUUCAUCAGAGCUCUUGUCUAUAGAGCAAUUCUUAUGUUCUUUGGCUCGGGACCAAGUUGGUCCAAUCAUCAAGGCGAAGUCUGGAACUCAACACUCUUAUGACGCUAAAAGUGGAUCAAGAGCUGUAGACAUCGUUACAGCCAUCGACAAACAAGUUGAAAAACUUAUCUGGACUGCUGUCAAGGAGAAAUAUCCAACUUUCAAGUUUGUGGGAGAAGAAAGCUACGUUGCAGGAGAAACGAAAAUCACUGACGACCCAACAUUUAUCAUAGAUCCGAUCGACGGAACUACCAAUUUUGUUCAUGACUUCCCCUUUAGCUGCACUUCUCUUGGACUAACCAUCAACAAGACGCCUGUUGUUGGCGUUAUCUACAACCCGCAUCUGGAUCUUUUGGUUUCUGCAUCGGAAAACAACGGCAUGCGAGUUGAUGGAGCUGAUUUCGAUUUUAAGACCAAAAUACAGUCCAUGGGACCUUUACAGCUGUCUAAGUCCGUCGUAGCCCUACAGCCUGGCUCAGCUCGCGAAGGACCAAAUUUCAAGACCAAAAUAAGAACAUAUGAGAAUUUAUUGUCGUGUGAUGGUGGAUUUGUCCAUGGAUUCCGCAAUUUGGGCUCCAGUGCAAUGACAAUGGCCUACAUUUGUCUCGGGUACCUUGAUAGCUACUGGGAUGGUGGCUGCUACGCCUGGGACGUUUGCGCUGGAUGGUGCAUUCUCAAAGAAACAGGCGGAAGAGUUGUAGGUGCUAAUCCGGGAGAGUGGGACGUCGCAGUCGACAACAGAACCUACCUCGCGGUUCGUGGCUGCGAAGAUGCUCAAGAACAAGAACAGUACAUCAAGGGCUUCUGGGAAUGCGUAGAAGGUCGCCUCGACUAUAAUUAA